AUGGUGUACACGGUGGGCAAACUGCAGAAAUACCCGCGCGGAAGUCACACUUUUCUCCUCAUCACAGUCGACAAGUUCACCAAGUGGAUCGAGGCAGUGCCCAUCACCAGCGCCGAUGCCACCUCUACCGUGAACUUGUUCAGAUCGAUCACCCGCAGAUUCGGAGUUCCCCACAACAUCUUCACCGACAACGGCUCCAACUUCACCGCAGGGGAGUUCCAGGACUUCUGCAUAGAACUGGGGAUACAAAUCAGCUACGCAUCAGUUGCACACCCACAAGCCAAUCGCCAGGUGGAAAAGGGAAACAACGUCGUCUGCAGUCGCCUAAAAAAUGGCUCCUGUGACCCCUCAAGUGAGAAGCUGGGGCAUGGGUCGAGGAACUACCCUCGGUUCUGUGGAGCGUACGAACAACCCCCAAUAGGUCCACACAACGACGUUGACGCACUUGACGAGGCGUGGGACAUCGUACUUGCCCGUUCUGCUAUCUACCAGCAGAACCUGCGCAACUACCACAGCCAUCGUGUACGCGUUAGGUCCUUCUCCGAAGGAGACCUCAUUCUAUGGCUCAAACAAAAGGGCCACCACAAGCUGGAGCCCCCAUGGGAAGGACCCUACAUCAUCAUGGAGGUGAUACCUGGUGGGGUAUAUUGCCUCAAGGACAUGAAGACUGACAUCGUCUACUCCAACCCAUGGAACGUCACCCAGCUGCGUCGUUUGUGCGCUUAG